GUUUGUGAGCCGAGUGGGAUACCGAAAGAAAAAAAAAAAAAAAAAUUUUUUGAGAAACAACGGAAGGAAUUUGUUUUAAUAUAUUUCAUAUUUGACAUGCAGCUGCGAUAUGUUCUCCGUGACUCUUACUGGCAACUACGUGGCCGAAGUGCUGUGUGCCUCUAAGGUGUAACAACAUUUGAUGACAGGAACCAUUUUAGGCUAACUGGCUAACUGGCAGGCUAAUUGGUGAGCUAGCUGAGUGAGCUAGCUGGCUAACUGCCUGAGCUCCUCGGAUUUGGUGUUCGGUUGUCGGCGGGUUUCCCUGACUGUGCGCACGUUUGCAGAGUUGGACGGGAGACGGCCCCGGUCGUGAGUGGAGUCGGCGAUGGCUUCGUCGGCCCUGUACGCGUGUACAAAGUGCAACCAGCGCUACCCGUUUGAAGAGCUCUCGCAGGGACAGCAGCUGUGCAAGGAGUGUCGUAUUGCCCACCCCAUAGUGAAGUGCACCUACUGUAGGACUGAGUUCCAGCAGGAGAGCAAAACAAACACCAUCUGCAAAAAGUGUGCACAGAACGUCAAACAGUUCGGAACACCGAAGCCAUGCCAGUACUGUAAUAUCAUCGCCGCAUUUAUUGGAACCAAAUGUCAACGCUGCACCAACUCGGAGAAGAAGUACGGCCCCCCCCAGACCUGCGAACAGUGCAAACAGCAGUGUGCCUUCGACAGGAAAGAGGAAGGCAGGCGAAAGGUGGAUGGGAAGCUCUUGUGUUGGCUCUGCACUCUGUCCUACCGACGUGUACUGCAGAAAACAAAAGAACAGCGCAAGGGCCUCGGCUCCUCCCACUCCAACGCAUCAUCACUCAGCGACAAAGAACACCAGCGACAUCAACAUCGACACAGCUCCUCACACCACAAGCUGACUGGCAGUUUGAGUCCAGAACAGGAGCAGCGGCUGUGGGAGCAGAGCCAUAAAUCAUCGUCCAUCCAAAAAGAAACUCCAAAGAAGAAACCCAAGCUAGAGCUGAAGCCUACCAAUGGAGACAGUAGCUCUAUCACUCAGUCUAUGGAUUCUGGUGGCACAGAUAACUUCAUCCUGAUCAGCCAGCUGAAAGAGGAAGUGAUGUCAUUGAAGCGGUUACUCCAGCAGAGAGAUCAGACCAUCCUGGAAAAGGACAGGAAGCUGACGGAACUGAAAGCAGAUUUUCAGUACCAGGAGUCAAACAUGCGCUUGAAGAUGAACAACAUGGAGAAAGCACACAAGGAGGCAAUGGAGCAGCAACAGGCUAAGAACAGAGAGCUCAUGAAGCAGGUGGCUGCCCUCUCCAAAGGGAAAAAGCUCGACCGCAGCAGUGGUUCCCUCCUGUUACCAUAGCGAUGACCUCUCACCCCUUGUGUCAUCACUGUGAGAAAGCUGAGGCCACACCCCUGGGCAGUUUAAAUCUGAGCUAUCUACUGCUUCAACCCAUCAGUUGUUUUCUUUCGCUUUACCUCUUACUCCCACUCCUUGACGACUCCUACAUAUUUCUGUUUGUCUUGCUCCUUCUCUGUCUGUCUCUACGUGCCUUUUUGUUUGUCUGUCUGCCUCUACCUGUCUGUCACUCCAUGUUGGCGGCGUUUUAUUUUGAUGUCACAUGCGGCGGCCGCUAGUUGGGUUGAGGUUCUCUUUGGAGGUGCUGCGCAGUCAUGCGUUUUGGGACUGUAAUCAUGAUAUGCAUUUGGAACUGACAUUUCUAAAAUGGACCCUGUUACUAUGGACACGCAAAGGGCUAAUCACCCUGAAGCUCAUAUGCAAAACGUCGGGCAGACGUCAGCGCCAUGUUUGGGAAACGUUUUCUGGACACUGCAAGAGACGACGGUCCGAACUAUGAGCUGGAUUUUAGAUUUUAUAAAUGAUUUUAUAGGUAGCGUCACCAUUCAGCACGACACACACACUCACACGCAUUCUCUCUCCUUCUUUCGCUCUCUCUGGUGGAUUGAUUGUAUAACUGCAUGUUUUGCGGCCCUGUCAACUAUGUGGUGUUAUUUUUUAACUAUGACGAUUAUAAUAACGAUUAUUAUGUUGUGUUUUCUGUUCAAUGCUGCAGAGUGUAUUCUAGUAAGAAAGAGAAUCUUCAAUAUAGGAAUCUCUCUUCUUCUGUCUCUUGCUCAUACACACACACACACACACACAUUCUAUUUCUCUCUUUAUCUUACACAUUCUAUCAUAUCAGUCUUUGUACUGUGAUUACACUUUUGUAUUUUUUCUUUCCAGGACACAGACGUUUCAGGAAUAAAUUUAGUAAAACCCUUA